AUGGAAGCUAGAUCAAGGGAAAUGACUUUAAAGAUGGAGGCUAGAACCAAGCAAUUGGUAGAGGCUGAGAGGGAAAGUUUACUAAGUCAGCUUUCCCAACUCAUCCCCAAUUUUGAUCCAAGCAUGCUUAAACCGAAAACUAGCCCUUGUCAAAACCACGGUCAAGAGCAAAGUCCCAAAAAUCCAAUGUCGGACAAAGCAAGCUGA